AUGUGGCCUGGUUCCUCAGUGAAAUGCACCCCAACGAAUUGGGUUACAGCGGAAUGGGUUCACAAGCUGGGUCAUCCGCCGCCAUCCACUGGUUCCAGAUUCAACGUCGAAAUGCGUUGCCUCAAAAUGGUAGCGACUCCAGAUGACAAAUCAUUUGGCAACACUGUAGAUACUUUGAAAGGUUGCGUACCAAAGGCUCAAGUGGAUUCCGUAUGCCUCGGCCUGGUGGCGAUAGAGAGAGCUCGCGGCCAUAGCGACGCCCGCUGUUUUAUUUGCAACGGAAACGAUUGCAAUUCAGCUAUCAACAUUAGUAUAGGGAUAUAUACUUACCUUUUGUCUGUUAUACUCUUUUUCGUGUUGAGGUGA